GGCAGGAACGUCACCAGAUGAGAGAUGACAUCUGUGGAUACUAGCUUAACUGUUCAAGUGAAAUAAACGCAUGACUGUCAUUUUGUGAGACAAAAUGUCUAUAACAACUUGCCAGAAGGUUACUCUUAUAUCAUGCUCUGUUCUCUGUAUUUCUCUUUUCCUGCCCAGAAUGCUUUUACCCAGAGGGAAAAAGGAGAUGGGACGGCCUGAGGUUGGACCAGGGUUCUACCCUCCUGUGAUGCACCAGCUGUCAUUGCCAGAGGACCCAGAACGGUGGGGUGUGGACCCUUCCUACUCCAUGACACACAGUGCUGAGGCCAUGGCCAAAGUAAAAGGCAUCGGACGGGGCAAAAAGUACAAUCUAAUGGCUCAAGCAAUACCCAUAUAUGGCUUUGGGAUACUUCUUUACAUAUUCUAUAUAAUCUAUAAGCUGACAUGUAAGGGGGAGACUACUAAAUCAGGAAACUACACAACAGUAACCAAGGCAAACAUGGAGAAUAGGAUUACACCUGAUGAGCUUGUUAGGCUUCAGGAGAGACUUCUGCGAACAGAAGCGAUGAUGGAUAGGAUUGUCUCUGCAAAGAAUCGUGGUUCUGGGAGUAGUGGCAGAAGGAGGAAGAGUAAAACUUCUAUAUCAAAGAAGGAGGAGAAAUUACUCAAGCAACUUAGACAGAUCACACAGCUGAUACAAGAAGGCCGGUUGGAGGCAGUCUCCCCAGAGAUGGAGGCUGAGGAGGUCCCCUACUGUGCAGACUGGGAAGGCUACCCAGAGGAGACCUACCCAGAGUAUGAUGAGCCCUAUAAAAGACGUGGAUUUCACACCUUUACACUAGAGGAACCCCCUCACCAUCUCACUGCCGAAGCCCUGGCAGAGAGGAUGGAGCAAGAGGAGGAAGAGAUUAUGGCAAGGAAACUAUCCAUAGUGAAAGAGGAGGAUGAAGAGGCAGAGGAAGAGGAGGAGGAUGAAGAGGCAGAGGAAGAGGAGGAGGAUGAAGAGGCAGAGGAAGAGGAGGAGGACGAAGAGGAGGAGGAAGAGGAUGAGGAAGAAGUGGAGGAAGUAGAGGAAGAGAUAGAGGAGGAGGAGGAGGAAGAGGAAGCAGAGAAAAUGCAGUUGCUCAGUCUUCCUUCAUUCCAGCCUGCUGCAGAAAGAAAGCAAGAGAGACUUGGUUUGCAGCUGAGCAAAGAGCUACAGUGUCUUGAUGGAGGGAAGAAGCAAAUUAGCUUUAGUGACCACGAAGAUGUGUUCCACUACCCUAAAGAGUGUACUUAUGAAGAGGAGGAAGAAGAUAAUCAAGAGGAGGUAGAGGAAGAAGAUGAGGGCACAGAGGGGGAAGAGGAGGAAGAAGAGGAUGAAGAUGAUCCAGUGAUGGAGGCAGAGAGCUUGCAGUUCAGCUGUGAGGGUUGUCCCAACCCGGAGGAGGAAGCAGAGGAGGAUAAAGAAGAGUAUUUGUUAGUGUCAGAGCCUGUGGAGGAAGACAGUCCUAUCCAUGCAGACAUGCCUAAGGAAGUCGUGGCGAGUGGUCUGAGGAUGCGGAACAGGAGAGAGACGUAAAAAAGACUUUUCCAAUUACCUAAAAUGAGUUUUUAAACAUACAGUGAACUUUAUGUUCCUCAAAUUGUACUCUGUUUAUUACUGAUCCCUUAUGUGUGUGUGUAAAAUAGACAACCCAAGGUGAAUAGAGACAUGCAAUGCUGCUGUAAAGUUAUACUUUUAUAUAAAUAAUAGUCUC